UCUCGCGUUGUUUCGCGAGACUCUCCGUCAUCCUUGUGGCUCUGCAGAAGGGCACGGAGAGGCCGAAACAAGGGGUCCCCGGCGAAGUAAUAAUCGGCACUUCACUCCUCAACCAUGCUAUCCAGACUCGUUCUUCUCUCAGCCAGCUCUCUGAAAGGCAGUGGCCCCAUUGGAGCUGGUGUGGUCCAGGCGACUCGCUGUCUGCGAACAUCCUCCCAGAGUCUUGCCCCUGUGCCCCCUUUGCCAGAGGAGGGAGGUAAAGUCCGCCAUGGCAUCUUCCCCGAGGAGUUUUUCCAGCUCUUGUAUCCCAAAACCGGAGUCACAGGACCAUAUAUGCUAGGCACUGGGCUUCUCUGCUACCUGCUUUCCAAGGAAAUCUACAUCGUCAACCACGAGACCAUUUAUGCUCUCACCAUUGGCGGAAUCAUCGUUUAUUGUGUGAAGAAAUUCGGUCCAGGCUUUGCUGAGUUUGCCGACAAAAUAUAUGAGGAACAACUGGCCAAGGCCGAGGCGGCGAAGGAAAGCUCCAUUUCCAUCCUGGCUAAGUCCAUCGAGGCUGAGAAGAAGGAACAGUGGAGAGUUGAGGGACGAGGGCUGCUGUUCGACGCCAAGAGGAACAACGUGGCCAUGUUGUUGGAGACCAACAUGAGGGAGAGGCUCCACAUGGUGACCAACGAGGUGAAGAGGCGCUUGGACUAUCAGAUCGCCCUUCAGAACCUGCACCGCCGCAUGCAGCAGGAACACAUGAUCAACUGGGUGGAGAAGAGCGUCGUCAGCAGCAUCACUCCUCAGCAGGAGAAGGAGAGCAUCGCCAAGUGCAUUGCAGACCUGAAGGCGCUGGCCAAGACCAGCCAGGCCCAAGCUGCAGUGUGAACCUCCGUCACCCUGAAGACUUCUCAGACCCUCAGCUCAUAGUUUCAAGACGAGACGUCGCGUUUCUUUACAGGAUCUAAAGUUGUCUCUGUCAACAUUAUGGGUGUGUACAGUAUUUACACGUCAACAAAUGGUAAAAUAAAUGGUUCUCUUAUUCAAUCAAAAA